UAUUAGGUUCCUCAAAUAUGACUUCCUUUCUCUUCAUGCUAAUAGUUGUGUUGUCAUCCUUCAUGACAAGCUUUGGUUUUCCCGGGUUCAACUUUGGAUGGGGUGGUGGUAGUGGUAGUGGUGGGUCUUUUGGUGGCCGAGGUGGAUCUUUUGGUGGUGGAAGUGGAUCUUUUGAUGGCGGAAGUGGAUCUUUUGGCGGCAGCCAAGGGUAUCCUGCCCUUUUCCCAGAGUUCUACAGUUUUUCAUGUCCACAAGCUAAUGACAUUGUCAUGUCUGUACUCGAGCAAGUCAUUGCUAAAGAGCCAAGAAUGGCUGCUUCUUUACUAAGGCUUCAUUUUCAUGAUUGUUUUGUUCAGGGAUGUGAUGCAUCUCUCUUGUUGGACGACACUGCAACGUUUUCGAGUGAAAAGAAUGCAGGGCCUAAUGUUAAUUCAGUCAGAGGAUUUGAAGUUGUUGAUGAGAUUAAGUCAAAAUUAGAAGAAGCAUGCCCUGAGACGGUUUCAUGUGCAGACAUUCUUGCCCUUGCUGCUCGAGGUUCCACUGUUUUGAGUGGUGGACCAAACUGGGAACUGCCAUUAGGAAGAAGGGAUGCAACACAAGCAAGUCUCAAUGGCGCAAACAGCAACCUUCCGCCACCAAACUCCACCAUUCAAAACCUUAUAACAUUCUUCCGACGCCAAGGCCUUGAUGAAGUUGACCUUGUCUCUCUUUCUGGAGCCCAUACCUUAGGAAUGGCUAGAUGCACUGCAUUUAAACAAAGGCUAUACAAUCAAGAUGGAAACAAUCUACCCGAUUCAACUCUAGAGAUAAACUACUACAAUGAUCUAAAGUCAGUUUGCCCAAAAACCGGCGGUGAUAACAACAUUUCUCCACUAGAUUUUUCAUCUCCUGCCAAAUUUGAUAAUACAUAUUACAAGCUCAUUAUGUGGGGAAAAGGACUUCUAACUUCUGAUCAAGUGCUCCUUACUGGAAAUCUUGAAGAAACUAUGUUUCUAGUGAAGGCAUUUGCAGAGGAUGAUGCUCUCUUCUUUGACCAGUUUGCUAGGUCAAUGGUUAAAAUGGGAAACAUUAGUCCCCUCGUUGGUAAUAACGGCGAAGUUAGGAAAAAUUGUCGAGUGCCUAAUUAAAGAAAUAAGUAUAGCUAUCUUAUGUUGCGUAUUAUAACUUCAUGACUUGUAUGACCUGGGUUUAUGCUAGCUGUCUAUUUUCUUGUAAUGCUGAAAUUCUAGUUUCCAAUGAGGUGCAAUAUGGCUUCUUGUAAGU